CAGCAGCAUCUGUACUGUUGGCAGGAGUGACCAGAAUAAAAACAGCAACACCAGAUAUAGAGGAGGAAAAAAAGCAAAGUACUCUAUUGAACCAGAGUCUUUGCCCUCUCUUAAUUACACAUAGUCCCAUAUCUUUUCACUUUUUUCCCCACUCUUUAAGACUUUGGGCUUGUUGUAAUUAGACAGAAGAGAAUAAAACCAGCUGAUCGGGAGAGGGGUGUGCAUUUUGGAGCGAGAUGGCUAACAGAAACAUUCUGUUGCUGCUCUGUGGACUCUUAGCACUGAUUCAGCCCUCUCUUCAAGGAGGUGUGUAUGUACCACCUGGUGCUGGGAUUGGACCAGGAGGCACUGGACCAGGAACUGGAUUCUUUCCAGGGUCUGCUGGAGGAGUCCCUUCAGGCUAUAAACCAGCUAAAGCUGCGGUAGGAGGUUAUGGAGGUGGAGGGAUUGGUGUGGGGCCAGGUGGGCUGGUGCCAGGAGGGCAUGGUGGGCAUGGUGGCUUGGGCACUGCAGGACUGGGAGCAGGACAAGGUGGAAAGCCCCCUAAACCAGGUUAUGGCAAUCUAGGCCUAGGAGCUGGAGGCUAUGGAGGAGGUGGUUACGGUGGAGGCACUGGGGGCUUUUUCCCAGGAGCUGGACAGAAAGCUGCUAAAAGAGGUGCAGGAGGCCAUCUGCUACCACAUGGAGGGACUGGAGGAACAGGAACUGGAGCCGCAGUGCCUGCUGGAGUACCUGUUAUUCCUCAGACUGGCCUUCCAGGAGGGGGUGGUGCUGGUGCUGGAAAGAAAGCUGCCAAAGUGCCAGGUGUGGGUGUGCCUGGAGGUGGACUGGUGCCAGGACAAGGGUUUGGUGGACGUGGAGUUCUGCCUGGGGUGGCCACAGGCACCGACCUUAAUCCCAAAUCAAUUGGAGGGGGGGGGCAAGGAGGUCAAGGACCAGGAGGCCGUGGGUAUGGUGGGCCAAUGCAGCCAGGAGUCUUCCACGGAUACCCCCUCAAAUCACCCAAAGUGCAAGGUGGCUAUGGAGCAAAACCCGGAGGUGGCAAACUACCUUUUGGUUACGGCUAUGGUAAUGGUGGCGCUGGCUCAAGGCCUGGGUAUCCUGCAGGAACUGGAGUUGGGCCCGGUGGCAUCUCACCUGCUCAGGCUAAAGCUGCCAAAUAUGGACUGGGUGGUGCUGGUGCUGGUGGUGGUGUUGGUGGUGUUGCUGGCACCGGUGGACUGUAUCCAGGGCAGGUGCCAGGAGGAGUGGGGCAAGGCGGCAUCUCACCUGCUCAGGCUAAAGCUGCUAAAUAUGGUGUUGGAGGGGUUGGCGGUGUUGCUGGCACUGGUGGACUGUAUCCAGGGCAGGUGCCUGGAGGUGUUGGUGGAUAUGGCGGUGCUGGAGGUGUUGGUGGUGUUGGUGGCACUGGUGGACAGUAUCCAGGGCUGGUGCCAGGAGCAGGAUAUGGAGCUGGGUCAAAGGCUGCUAAAUAUGGAGGGGUACCGGGAGGAGUACCAGGAGGAGUAACAGGGGGGGUCCCACAAGGGGUACCAGGAGGGGUACCAGGAGGUGCACCAGUUGUUGGUGGAUAUUCACCUGCAGCCAAAGCUGCUAAAUAUGGAUUGGGUGGUGUUGGUGGUGUUGGUGGCACCGGUGGACUGUAUCCAGGGCAGGUGCCAGGAGGAGGACAUGGAGCUGGUUCCAAGGCUGCUAAAUAUGGGGUACCAGGAGGAGUUCCAGGGGGUGUACCAGGAGGGGUACCAGGAGGUGUACCAGGAGGGGUACCAGGAGGUGCACCAGUGGUUGGUGGAUAUUCACCUGCAGCCAAGGCCGCUAAAUAUGGUCCAGGUGGUGCAGGAGGUGGUGUAGGUGGAGGAGGAGUACCUGGAAGAGUCCCAUUUUUCCCAGGAUAUGGAUCUUUGGCGGCUGGUGUUAAACCUCCUAAAUAUGGAGUCCCAGGAACAGGCCUAGGAGGAGGCGGAGUUCCAGGGGGAGCAGGACAGGUACUUCCUGGUGGUGCCGGCUAUGGUGGUUAUGGAGCUGGUGCUGGAGUGAAACCUCCAAAAUAUGGAGUUUCAGGAGGAGCUGGGGCAGGAUUAGGAACAGGUGGACUGGGAGGGGCAGGAGGACUACCUGGUGCAGUACCGGGACUAGGAGGUGGACAGUACUCUGCUGCUGCAAAAGCUGCUAAAUAUGGAGUUUCAGGAGGAGCUGGAGCAGGUCUAGGAACAGGAGGACUCGGAGGAGCAGGAGGGUUUCCUGCUGCAGGACAAGGAGGUGGACAAUACUCUGCUGCUGCAAAAGCUGCUAAAUACGGAGGCGUCACUGGAGUAGGACUUGGCGUUCCAGGAGCUACUCCAGGUACAGGUGUCGGUGGUGUCCCUGAUGGUUCUGCUGUUUUGGUGCCAGCAAAGGAUGCAGGUCCUGCUGGAACUCCUCAACCAGAGCCAACGCCAAUUGCUGCAAAUGGCCAGAUCACAGAGGUCCCAGCGCCCAGUGGGAAAACAAACGUUUCUGGUGGAAUUAAUCAGCCUAGUGGUGGAGCAGGUGUUGCAGUGCCCUCUGGUGGUGUUGGUGUUGGCACAGGUGGCAAAGCACCUAAACCAUUCUUACCAGGUACAGGAACAGGUGUUGCUCCAGCUGGAGGUGGAUAUCCCUACAAGGGAACCUAUGGAGCUGUGGGUGGAGCAGGAGCAGGAAUCCCACUGGCAGCAGGAAGUCAUCAAGGGGGAUACAGGCCAUAUCAUCAUGGUUAUGGCCAUGGUGGGUUGGUGUAUCCCUCUGCAGGUGGACAGGGAGGUGCUGGUGCUGGAGCUAAACCACCCAAACCAGGCUACGGCAAUCUUGGAGGUGGCAAUGUAUAUCAGCAAGGUGUGGCUGCUGUGGCUCCUGGUUAUGGAGGAGGUUACCCCCAACAGUACUAUCAAGGUGGAUAUGUACCAGCCCCACUGACUCCUCAACAAGCCAAAGCAGCCAAGUACGGCCCAUUGCAGGGCUUCCUCGGUGGUGCAGGAGGAGGAGGAGGAGGAGGAGGAGUCUACAGAGGUGGAGUUGCAGGAUGCGUGGGCAAAUACUGUGGGAGGAGGAAGUAGAGCCCAGCAGUGUGACCUCAAGAAACCAUGGUGCUACUGCAUGAUCUGGAAUGUACAUUUUAUAUGCAAACAAACCCCAUUAGAAAACAUGUAAAAAAAAAAAAUUAGUUUUUACUUACUGGACUUCAGCGUCUGAUUUUAUAAGAACCCACCGACCCAGAAUUUUGUACACACAAUGAUUAGACGUACUGUAUGUUAUUGAUAGUGUCUUUAAUCAAUAAUGUGGUCAUGUUAAUCAGCUUUAACUCCCUGUACUGCACCGGCCUACUUAAAAGAUGGAGUGUGUUUGUGUCACCACGUGUGUUCUGUGUGUGUGUGUGUGUGUGUGUGUGUGUUUGUUUUGUGGUUGUACUGUUGUGCGAAAGACUGACUGAUCCAUCAGCCGCCAAUGUGACCUAUGAACGAUUUUCCUCUCGGUUUUAAUCCUAAAGCAAGGUGAACUGUCCUCAUUGUUACAGCACACACUGUCUCACCUCGCUGUGCAGACAUCUCUCUGACAUGUCAGAGGGGUUGGGUUGGUCGAGGCUUGUCCUAAAACUGAUGAUAUCUGGCCAAUCUGUGCAUCGUCUCUGGCUCCCCAUCUUCUCUGCUGCUAUUUUUAGGCGUGCUGGGUAUAUAGCAGCGGGAAUUGGGGCUCCGGCCAACCCAUCUGCUCUCACUAACUUUGCUGAUUCUAGUUGCUAUGCAGUUCAAUUGUCUUAGCAUUUUUAAUGUUGCCAAACUUGUGAUGUAUGAAGAGCAGUUUCUGCUCUGAGGAACGACAUGCUGAAGACAAUCAAAAAGUGUUUGAUUCAUAACAAGGAACAUGGGGAAAGCAGUGUUACCUUUUGGUUGCAAGUAAAUUAAAGUGUAACUCAGAUACUACUCUGGCAUGUGCAUUAUGUAUGUGUGAAUGUUUAAUUAUAUGUCUGAAAUAGAGCACUUCAAAUGUUUAGCCUCAUUGCAGCAGUUAUUUACAUGUAUGUAACUCGUCAUUACAUGAUUAUUCAAGAUGUUUUGCACCAUGCUUUGACUCAUAGCUUUAUUGUUAUCAGGAAUGUGUGAACAUAAAACGCAUUUAUUCACGGUUUAGAAUACAGAAUAAUACAGUCUUUGUUUGAUGGGACAGCCAAAGUGUUAAUGUGAGGAAUAAGCUCUCAUUUUUCUGCAUUUACUUGAGCUGCUUUUAAAAAGGCUUACUGAGCAAAGGUUCAUGAGCUCUGUUGCCAAGUGACGCCAUCUCUUUCUGUAAUUGUUUACUGUAUUUUGUACUAAUUUGAUAUUUGCUGGCUUCGGUUCCUUCACUCGGUGCUGUCUUUGAGCCUGGGUCAGACCUUGUCUUAUGUGCCGUGGGAUACUCUUCAUCUUUAUUUAAAACUGUUUUUAUAAGGAGGAACAGUGGGGUUUUGCACUUUUUAUAUUUCCACGACAUACAUGGGACUUGUUCCAGCAUUUAUUUACUUCAACAAAUAACAAAAUAAAAUGUGUUAAAAG